AUGGAUAUGGUGAAGAAGAGUUGUCAGAGGGCAGACAGACUCCUGCCGGCCGUCAUGCACGGUCCCGGCGGAGAGGAGCAGACGGAGCCGUGCCCGCGCAGCGCCCUGCUCGACCAGAGCCGGCGGCACCGGACAGCGUUCACGCGCGAGCAGCUGUCCCGGUUGGAGCAGGAGUACGGCAAGGAGAGCUACGUGUCCAGACCUCGGCGCUGCGAGCUGGCCACGGCGCUCAACCUACCGGAGACAACGAUAAAGGUGUGGUUCCAGAACAGGAGGAUGAAGGACAAACGGCAGAGACACUCCUUGCCGUGGCCUCACCCUCUCGUCGACCCACUGGGGGCGCUGCUGAUGGGCCGCGCCUCUCCUUCCUCCGCCUUGCCGUACCCUUUCAUCUCUCCCCACCUCCCGCACCUCCCCCUUCACCACCACUACCCCCUGGCUCUCUCUUCGCCAUCCUCAGCUCACAGUCGCUACAGCGCGCCCAUGAGGACCCUGGAUGCCCUCCGCCUCUCCCACUACCACAACAGACCAGGGGGGCUGCCUCCAACCACAGCAGCCCUCUACCCCUCCACCAGCAUCAUGCACCAUCCCGCCUCAUGCCCCUGCCCCCUGUGCCUGCACUGGGGACCAGAACAACUGCUUAAAGCCAGAGGGGAGGCACUGGGACUGAACCAGCCCCGUAGUCCCAAAGCUAGCAUCCAGCCUGCUGGUCUGGAGCGGAGGGAAGAGAUGGUGUAA